GCUUCGUUUCUGGGAGAGGUGGUGGUGACAUGACUGGGAUACGCUUCCCUCCCUUGAUGGGACAGACCUAUCAACGGAUAGAUUGCGGCUCGGAGUCAAGCAACGGAACUCUUCUCGCAUCUGUCAGUGGGGUCGUACCUCAGGGCUAAUAUUGCCGAUUCCCAAAACUAGAUAUGCUCUUUCAAGUCAUUCUCUCAUCGCUCCAUUUCACCAGCCAGGAACGUAGAAUAUCGUGGCUCUGUAAACAUUUUCUCGAGAUCAGACGGCUCCUGAAUUCGUUUAUCGAGUCGAUCAUAGGCUCCUUGACAGCUGACGCCCCCGGGAAUCCUUUUGCGUCGACUCAAACGUCCCCGGGAAUCCUUCCUUUUACUGCAAAGUUUCCUACAGAUGCUCUACUCUUUCUUUGGCUCCACCUUCUACCAUCUUUCCGUCUAAGAUAUUAUGGCAUCGUACUUGGACGUUCUUAAAAUUGUGUACUCUUUCCGCCGUCCGUCUCGGAUCUGACCAAGAAUCAACAGAAUUUCGAAACGCGUCGAACGCCGUCAGACCUUACCAAGAAUCUGCGAAAAAUGUCGCCACGCCAUUCGUUGCGCGAAGCCCGUGCUCGAGUGAGAGCCAUCGGUUGUCUCGUGGAUCAGGCCAUGCUGUCUCACAAGCAAGCCAUGCAGAGCCUUCGCAACAUGCAUCCCCUGGAGAAUUCGCAGAACCUAGUCAGCUGUGCGAAGCACGGGAAGCUCGAGCAGCCCGAGAGACCUGAGAAGCUCGAGUCUCUGCAGAACCCAGAGGGCCUGGAGAAUACUCUCUGCAGUGGGAGAAGGAAUCUGGGCGUUGCAGGGGAUGGCAGCGGGGAAGGGGAUUCAGAUGGUGCAAGGGACUGCAGUGAGACAUGUGAAAUUUCUCAAAAAUCUCUCGCAAGGGGCUGCAGUGAGAUAAGGGAUUGUGAUGGUGAUGGCGAUGGUGCGACGACUGGCAGCUGGGUUACAGAUGCCGAGCGGCGUGCGAUUCUGGAUCACGAGGAGGCGGUUGGGAAAGCGCUUGUGAAAGUGGAUGAAGAGUUGCAACAGCUGCACAAGAUGCUCAAGAGCCUUACGUGCAUGUGUAACAAAGCGAGCAGUGCUGUUUCGUCGAAAUGGUUAGAGGAAGGUCACGAAAACGUAGGGGGAGGAGGCGGAGGCGGGAUUGGUGGUGCUAUUGCAGCUGCUGCAUUUGGAGGAAGUGGUGCUAACAAACAGGAGUUGCAGCAGAAGUGUUUUGAGCCGACUCAAAACACAGCGGGCGGAGGCGGAAUUGGUGGUGAUGUUGCAGCUGUUGCAUUUGCACAAAGUACUGAUAAACAGGUGUUGCAGGAGAAGGGCCAGUCUCUGUUAGUGGAGGAUGCAGUAACGAGGAUGCAGCAGAAGCAGAGGCAGCAGAGGGAGGAGGUAGGAAAGUUCCAGGAAGGAAUGAAGACGAUUGAAGGUGACAUUACUCUAACAUUGACUGGUAACAUUACCCAUCAGCAGCAGGAGCUGAACUGGCAGCAGAAGCAGGAGCAGCAGGAAGGGAUGGCUACAGCAGCGGAAAUGAGUCAACUGAGGGAGAGACUUGGGAGGCUGUGUGGAGAGAAGGUGCUGCUGGAGGCCGAGUUGAACAAGCAGAGAAUCCGCAUGGACGAGAAUGAGAAGGCAACUGCCCAUAUAAUGCUCCUUUCCUUCCCCCUCGCCCUGCAAAACGAGUGCCUCGAUUUCACACCCUACCCCACCAUAUCCGACCGGGACAUCUCCCUCGUCAUCCGCGCUCUCUCCAUCCUCCACCCCUCCCUCCUCCCCUCCAUCGCCAAGCUUGUUUUUGGGCGGGACGGUGCCACAUCAGCUUGCAAAGCCAUCACUGGAUCUUUUCUUCUGCCCGGGGCAGGCGUGCUUCAGUUCGACAGCCUGACUGAGAACCCGAAAGAGCUCCACCUGGCGAGUUGCACAGGGAUCACAGAUGACUCUCUCUGCCACGUGUCAUCCUUCCAUUCGCUGCAGCGACUCAACCUCAUCCUCUGUACAGGCCUCUCCGGUACCGUUCUAGCCCACCUCUCCAAGUGCCCCUCUCUUAAAGUGCUGUACAUAUCGCACACGCGCAUAAGAGAGGAGGGUUUAAGCCACCUGUCUACAGUAACUACACUACAGGAGCUACAGUUACAGGGAUGUAGCAUCAGCAGUAUCGGCCUGCAUCACUUGGGGAGGAUCAAAUCUCUGGAGAUUCUGUCCCUGGGCGGCUGUGUGGGUUGCAUGGUUUGUCACGAUAUCAGCGCCUCAUUGUUGCAUCUGACUCACCUGCGUUCCCUCAAGGAGCUCUGGCUCUGGGGCUGCGAUACUGUCACGUCAGCAGCAGCCACGUCAACAGCAGCCACGUCAGCAGCUGUCACAUUAGCAGCUGCAAAAGGUUCAAGCAGCAAGCCCAGAAUCACAGGCAGCUCAAGAGUCUCUCAUGUCAAUGGGCCACCCACCCCGAGCCCUGCACUCUCUCCUAGUGUGGCAGCUGCUUCGCCUGUAGCUGCUACAGCUCCAGCUGCUUCUGCUACAGCCGGUCUGUCCGUAUCUCUCUCCCCACGAGCCAGCCACAAAGCUACAUCCCCUAACCAACCUGCUGCUGCUCCUUCCUCUCCAUCUGCUUCCUCCCUUCCAUCUGUGAAGCCUGCAUGUGUCAAGCUCACAAACAAGGGACUUUCUCUCCUCUCCUACAUAACUACACUCAGACGUCUACACCUCAAGGGAUGCCCAGCCGUUACAGAUGAUGGGUUUGCAGUAAUUGCUGGCUUGCGAUUGGUGCUCCUCGAAGCCGACGCAUGCCAUGCCAUCUCCGAUAAAGGCAUAGAGAAGCUGUCUCGUUAUAAGCCUCCAGGACAGGGGUAUUACUACAGUGACCAAUACCUGGCGCGGUCGCUACAGGAGCUACACCUGAGGGGUUGCUUUAGGUUGACAGACUAUGCAUUGGGUUAUGUAGUGAGGUUUACGGCUUUGCAGAAAUUGACGCUGGAUGAUUGCCAAGGGUUUACAACUCAUGGGAUUAGUGGGUUGAAGAACCUCAAGAACCUCAGCUUUCUUUGCUUGAGGACCUCCCCUAGGGUUAGUGGAGAACAGCUUCGACAAUGCUUGAACUCCAGUGUCGUCGUUUCAAAUGUGUAGCCAUGGCAUGCUAUUCUCUGUUUUAUGAUGCUCAUAUACCGAGAGUGAGAGCCAUUACACUAGUG